UUGAUCCAAAAUUGAUUCUAAUGUAGGGGUAAUUAGUCAACUUGUAGAUCUUGACACGUGGGUCGUGGUGUCGAUUGGAUCCAUCCUGGGCAUCUUGACACGUGGUGUCGAUUGAAUGCACCUUGACUAUUUAUCACCAACCACUGCCAACCAUUGCCACCUACUUCCAAGUACUCCUCUCAAUCAACUCCAAGUCUCCAACUAUAAAAAGGGGUUCCCACAUUGAGGUAAGGACACAUUAUAACUUAAGCUCUAACGCUCUUGGGAUAACUCCCAGGGCCUUUGGCAUUUUCUUUGGACCUGUUGGCCUCGAACUUUGAAAUUAUGUUGUUGCCCUCGGUUCUAUAUUUGGUAGCAACUAUUGGUGUUGUUUGUGGGAAUAUCUUCAAAACUUUUCCUUAAGAAAAAACAAAUCUAAUUUAAUUAAUCAGUGUCCUUGAAAUGGCUGACAAGCAAGACCUUGCCUCUAAUGUCCGAAAUAUAGUCACGAUUGACCAAUUCGAGCUAGUAGGCUGGACAACUUGGCCCAGCGAUUGGACAACUUCGUGUAUCCAAGCCACGUUCAAGGGAGUAUCAAGCUGAUGAUUCUCCACACUUCAUUGCCUCUUGAAAAUAGUUCACGGACCUCAGCAGCCUUUUAAAACGGUGUCAAAAACCGUCAUGUCCUGAUGUCGGUCAAGCAGACGCGCGGGAAAAGCCUUCUAACAUAUAUGAAUCUCUGUGUAUCUUGUACUGGUUACUACUCAUUUUCCUCGUACCGUCUGCUCCGAUCUCCCUCAGCUCUCUCUAUCUUCUGCUGGUUAUUCCUCAUUUCCUCCUACCGUCUACCCCGUGGCUCUUAUAACCGAAAUCUUGACUGGCGACGGCAAGGUUGUGCGCUGAUCACCUGGAGCUUCAUCUCGUGCACUCGAAUCUGGUGUACAUCCUGAUUAUCGUCACCAGGAGCUAACAUAGGCGAAUUUGAUCAAGUCUUGCAGAUUUUUUCCUUCAGGAAUCCUUCGCAUACCAGAUCCUGUUGUUUUAUUAGCUACACCAUUCCCUGAGGUUUGAUUGUGGUAUGGUUGUAGAUGUUUUAAUGUACUCAUCUAUACGAUCUACUUCAUGUUAGUUUUGGUUGUUUCUCUUUAUGUGGUCUUAUUUGUACCUUUUUCUGUUUAUUGAAGUCAUUUUUGGUCCUUGAGUUCUAUUCUAUUAUCAGCUAGAUUUUUUGAGGCUCUGAAUCAUGGUAUGUAUUAGUUCCAUUCCAUAUUUCAAUUAAAGUUUUUUAUUUUCUACAUCUCUGUAUAUUAAUUUGCUCUGGCAUAAUAGGUCUGCUAGUUGGGUUGUUUAGGGAACUCUAAAUGACCAAGAAAUCUUCCACAUGGGUAUUUUCUAUGUUAAAAAAAUUAAGACUUUGAACCAGUAUCAGUUGGGCAAACCACCGAUACAGGGUGGGUUAUAGGACAGAGAGACUAAACCAUAGUCAAUCCUGAGGCGCCCUACUUGAUGGAUGGUUUGGAUAACACAUCCUUCCACAUGGCACAGAUAAGUAGGUUUUAUAGGUAAUCUUCCUACUUGGCCUGAUUAGGAAGCCUUGUUCCUUAAUAUUUUCCCCUAGUUUAGUUGUUUUUCUAUUUCAGGGCUUUGGGUUCUCCCUUGUAGUUACCUAAAUGCCUUGGUAAUUAGUAGGCAGUUUCCAAAAAAGUUUGUUUGCAAAUUGCAGGUUCUUCCCCUUGGUUCUGUUAAUGUGUCAAAUUUAGGGGAUUUUUUGUAUGGUUUCACUUUUCAAAUAAAAAACAACUGCAAUUAUCGGCAAUGUACAUAAAAGAAUCCUUAAAGACUACUACUAAUUGAAAUAAAAGAAUCGUGACAUCCCUUUGAUCUUUAACAGGCCUUGUGUGAAUAGUCCUCAUUGGAAUGUGCAUAAAUCUAUGCUUAAAAGAAAAUCUAUGAAAGCAAAAAGGGAACAAAACUGCUACAAUUUCAUAGUUUGGUGGAGCCAUUAAUUGCUUUACUGGACCAAAAGGCAUGGAUUGGAAAAGAAUGGGUUCUUCUAUGAAUUGCUGAUACUAAACUGCAAACCGUAACUUGACUAAGAGCCCGUUCAGAUAAAUAGUGACUAGAAUGCUGUUUGGGAGAGCAUGGCCUGAUAUGCGCUUGAUAGUGGUUUUCUGGAAUGUUGUUUCUACAUGAUUUUGACACAUUUCAGUCACAUGGAAAAUGGAUUUACAUUCAUCUUCCAUCUUUUAAAAUAAUCAAAAGGAUUAUUAAUAUGAAAAAAUGCAUGGGUGUGGGGCUGAUGUGGCCAAUGACACCAUACAUGUGUGCGAUCUAGUGAGUCGGCCAUUUUCUCCUUCUAACUCUGUUGUUUUGCAAAAUUUGUUUAACCAAUCUGAAAAAGGACUGUCUUCUUCUGCAAAAGAUUCAUCGUCCGUCAAAUAAUAUGUGAUAGUUCUCAUGUUGCUGGUGCUGGCUGCAAAGAUUCUUUCAAACUUGAUUGUGACAGGGUCUGCAAUAUUGGCAAGGGUUGCUGUGCAAGCUUACCGCCAAGCACUUGCAAAUGCCUCAAAAUCUGGCGUCACGCAAGGGAUGGCACAGACUACCGUUCGUAGGGCUAGCAAAAUCAUGACUGAAGCAGAGGCCCAACAGAUUCUAGGGGUCACCGAGGGGUCGUCAUGGGAAGAGAUUUUGCGGAAGUACGAAACUAUGUUUGAGCAAAAUGCCAAGAAUGGGAGCUUUUACUUACAAUUGAAGUUCCAGAGAGCUAAGGAAUGUCUGGAAGUAUUGUACCAAAGCAAAGCCCAAGGAUGAACAAAUUGAUAACAUGGCAAAGCAUAGGCUGCGUUUUUGUCUUGUUUUCAUCUAAUUCUUAUUCUUUCCACGAUGUACACCCAGGUGGGCUUUGUAAAUUUCAUUUGUUUUGUUGACAACAGGGCAUUAAAGUUUCUUUAAAAUGUGAAAGAGAGUAG